AUUUCUCGGAGUCGCUCAAAAGUAAGUAACGGGCAACCCACACCAAAACUCGCAAGCUGUAAGGCAUCCUCAGGCUUCCCCUCCAUUACGUGUCGGACGGUCAGAUCCAGUGUGCUACGGUGUUGACAUCCACCAAUCCGGGCAUUUAUCAAGAGCAUGGCGGGCCAGAAACGUGCUCUAGAGGAUAACUCAUCCCGCAAUGUCAAAAAGAGUAAACUUGUGAAAGAUAGGCUAACAGACGUGCCGGAAAAACCUGUUCAACUCAUAUCAAAUCUCAUGAACGAGGAGGUUGAUUUUCCACGAGGAGGUGGAACUAGCCUAACAGCUGCAGAGGUUAAAGCUAUCCGAGCUGAAGCGACGCAAGAAGCAAACGAGGAGCUAUUUGCUGCGUCUGGGAAGUCUCAAAAAAAGAAGAAUAGAUCCGACGCCAAAAGCAAAGUGAGUGUUACACCGAAGAAAGAUGUAAUUCGCAUCGAGCAUCUCAAUUACAAGCGCAUCGUUCCGGGUAUGAAAUUGCUUGGUCAAAUCGCAUCAAUACAACCACUGGCUCUCAUUAUAUCCCUACCGAACCAACUCAUGGGUCACGUCCCCAUCACACAAGUUACAUCUCAGUUGACUAAUCGUCUCGAAUCAAUGCAUGAACAAGAAGAGCCUUCAGAUACCGAAUCCGUUGACGACGGGGAAUCCGAUUCUCAGACGGAGGUGCCCGAUUUGUUCCAACUCUUUCAUGUGGGACAAUACGUUCGUGCAAUUGUAACCAAUGUGCACGCAUCAGGGUCUACAGACGUUUCUGCCCUCGGAAAAUUAAGGGAUGAAGCCGCUAAAGCUAGUCGUCGCAUUGAGUUGAGUCUUGUACCCAAGACAGUAAACUCUGGAGUUCUUAAAACAGAUCUCAAACCUGGCUUUACACUCUCAGCGGCUGUGCAAAGUGUAGAAGAUCAUGGUUACAUUCUUGACAUCGGCGUACUGGGCUCCUCUGGUUUCCUAUCCUUUAAAGAAGCCAAAAAGGGUGGUUCUGAUGGUUCAAAGCUUCAUGUUGGCCAAUUGCUCGAUACCGUUGUCGUGAAGAUGUCCAGCAACGAGAGAAUAUGCACAGUUUCGGUCGAUCCUCGAGGCAUACAGUCAUCUUCAAUCACAGAAGUCAGUAAUGUCACCUCCGUAUUGCCUGGAAUACUAGGUCAAGCAUUGAUCACGGCGAUUUCACCAAGCGGUAUCAAUUUACAGAUACUUGGCUUUUUUGACGCAACGGCUGACGAGUUUAACGUGCCUACUAACCCUGCCAAAGCAUUCAAGAUAGGGCAGAAAGUGAAGGUCCGAAUACUGUACGAAAUUGCCGGAAGUUCGCCGCCGAAGUUUUCUGUGUCGCUCUUGGAUCACAUUGUCAACCUGAAGGAGAAACUUUCCAAUGAUGAUGCUCCCAUUCACUCGGCGUAUCCUGUUGGCACGAUCUUGGAUGCUGUUACUGUGCAACGCGUAGAGCCGGAACGAGGACUCGUCGUUGAAGUACAGCCCCACCUUGAUGGGUUCAUUCAUAUAUCUCACACAUCUGAUGGUCAUGUUCCGACGCUCUCUUCCUCCUCGGGUCCAUGGAGAUUGAACACCAUCCAUAGAGCGCGUGUCAUAGGCUAUCAUCCGUUGGACGGAUUACUGCAGCUCUCCCUCCGACCUUCAAUUUUAGAUCAAAGGUUCCUUCAGGCAGGUGAUAUACGAGUCGGAGAGGUCCUGAAAGGCACUGUAAAACGCCUUACUGAUUCCGCCCUAUUCGUGUCGAUCUCUUGUAAUGCGGACGGCAUCAUAUGGCCAAAUCACUACGCAGAUAUACCGCUCAAGCAUCCGUCAAAAAGGUUCAAGGCCGGAGGCAGCAUAAAAUGCCGAGUUCUUGCCGUCGACCCCGAACGCAUGAGAGUUGAGUUGACGGCUAAAAAGACGUUGAUUGAAUCUACUCUGCCAGUCCUGACCUCUAUCGAGGAGGCGAAGGUCGGAAUGAUCACAGACGCAGUAGUGUACCGAGUUGUGGACAAAGGCUUGAUUGUCCGAUUCUACAACGAUCUCAAAGCAUUUGUGCCGUCUCGAGAAGCAAGUGACUAUUCAAGCAAACUGAAGGACAUGUUUGCCGCGGGCAGAGUCGUCAAAGUACGAAUUCUAACUGUUGAUCUGAAUCCACCACGAGUUGUCGCAAGCAUUCGUCAGGCGUCAUCAUCAAAAGCUGCCAGGACCAAUACUAGUGACAUUAUAUCGAGUGCUGUCGCAGAGGAUGUAGUGGCGGUCCACAAAACACCAGCUGUCCCGUCACUGCGCCCAUCUCAUACUCACGAACCCAUCCCUUCAAAGGCACUGACUAGCAAACGUAGCAGUCCAUUGCCACAAGUGAAGGCUGUGCACACCCAGUCGCAGUCGACGCCAAGAUCCCCCACUCCCAAACAAGCUGCGCCUUUGAAAGUUGAAGGGUUUUCUUGGUUCUCCGGUGACGCUAGGUCUGAUGCUGAAUCUGCUUCUUCUUCCGACGAAGGCAGCGAAGAGGACGAGUCAAGCAAAAAGAAGAAAAGACGCAAGAAGAAAGAGAUUGAGCAGGAUCUCACUGCUGACAUGCACUCGAAGCUUCCAGAGUCAAAUGCCGACUUUGAGCGGCUGCUCCUGGGCUCCCCAAAUUCAUCCUACCUGUGGGUGCAGUACAUGUCUUUCCUCCUCCAACUAUCCGAAAUCGAUAAAGCACGGGAGACUGGCCGACGAGCGAUUCAGACCAUCAGUUUCAGGGAGGAGGAAGAGCGGCUCAAUGUUUGGAUUGCUUUACUGAACGUCGAGAAUGUCUAUGGCACCGAUGAGUCACUGGAGGCUGUCUUCAAGGAUGCUGCCCGACAUAAUGACUCCAAGACCGUCCAUCUCCGCCUGGCGGCCAUCUUAGAUCAGAGCGAGAAGCACGAGAAAGCAGAGGAUCAGUAUAAGCGGACCUGUAAAAAGUUCGGCUACAGUUCGAAAGUGUGGACUCUAUUUUGCGAGCAUUAUUUGCGCCGCCAAAACUUGGAGCAGGCACGCAAACUGCUACCGCGUUCACUGCAAAGCUUGGAAAAGCGCAAGCACUUGAAGACAAUAUCAAAAUUCGCUCAGCUCGAAUACAAACUCGGCGAUGCGGAACGAGGCAAGACUAUAUUUGAAGGGAUCGCAGACUCUCAUCCGAAGCGCUGGGACCUGUGGUCGAUUUAUAUGGAUAUGGAGGCAGGGCAAGGUGAUAUCCAAUCGUUAAGGAACAUCUUCAAUCGUGUGUUUGCCAUUAAAAUGACUAGCCAUAAGGCGAAGUCAUUUUUCAAGAAGUGGCUUGAACUAGAGCGUAAGAUUGGUGACGAGGAAGGUGCAUCGGCUGUCAAGCAGAAGGCAGUCGAGUGGACACAAAAAGCUGCAUCCGAUUCACAAUGAGUCGGACUCGAGAUGUCGCAAAUGUUGAUGCAUGUCACAAUAUAUAUGGAGAAUAAUUGACGUCGAACGAGGAAGCAACGGAGGGACGUAGAAGUACGAAACGAAACGAAUGUGAGCAUGAGCGGCGGUCAGCAAUCAAGGUAAUAAGGGUAUAACUAUAUGUGCAAAGCAAAAA